ACAUAAAAAAUAUAGGUAUCAAAUCGUAAUUUGCCAUUUGGAUCCAUGGAUUGAUCCAUGAAUCCACCAAUCCAAUUGGAUUUGGAUCAAAUGGAUUGGAUUUAAAUGGAUUGGAUUAGGUGGAUAAUUUGGUGGAUGGAUUGGAUUGGAUUCAUGGAUUUGGAUCCUAAUUGCCACCUCUAGUGCGAAUGAAUUCCAUCUUGUUUGUAACCUUGUUGUGUUGUUGGGCUGGACUGAAUGAUUCUUGAACGUAAUAAUAUUGUCAUGUUCACUGUAUUAUAUAUUGUAUCCGAUUUUGAAGAAAAAAUAAUGAUGUUGUUCCAAUGUCGAGUCCAAAGCAGUCACGUUUGAAUGAAAAGUGGCAGGCUUUCAGAAAAAAGAUGCAAGGCAAUCCUGUUUUCAAGCGUUUCUCUGGGAUUAGUGAACUUGUUGUGACGAAGAGUCAAGAUAAGACAUGCGGGAAAGAUGGGAGACAAGUGAAAAUCCCAUUGUUCACAAAAUCCAAUAUGACAGUGUCAGUGAUAACAUCUUUGAAGAAACAGAUGCUACAGCAUCUAUCAAGGAAAUACGUUGACAUGAUCCAUCAUUCUCUUUGCCAGACUUUGUGUCAGAGGUUCAAGAUGCCAUAAGACCUGUCCUUACUGCUUAUAUGAAGGUUGUUACUGAUGUCUGAUAUAUGCCUGUCCCACUUCAUGUCUUUCUAUAAUCACUUUGGUUACCAAAAACAAUGAAUUCAGUAAAGAUAUAAAAUUGUCUGGUUGUAUAAUGUAUGAGCAGGGAGACUGAAGCUUUGAAGAAGUACUGCAGACCAGAAGUAAUAGCUCGUUGCGAAGGAGAGCACAAAGCUUUCACAAGCCAUGGCAUCGUCUUCAAUAAUAGGGUAUGGAAUUUCACUGCAACUUUUUUCCUGUUAGCUUUCGGUGUAUUUGGAGCUACAGUUUGAGGAAUUGGUCCUAAUAAUCGAGUCUCUGAUGCAUUACAUGAUCCUCUUUUAUGCUGCAGCUUCUUCAUGUGUCCGAGGUGGAAGUACGAGAGACCAAAAUGAUGGGAACAUAUCCGAUAAUCAUAGUAGCGGUAUGCUUGCAAAAUCCCAUUUAGGACCAUAAUCUAGUGGCGAUAAAUAUUUGCUCCGGACAUCAUUCUUAAACUUUGCUUGGUCAAAAGUUGCUGUUUCAAAUGCAACAGAUCCAUUGCAUACGGAAUCGUAAUGGUGGAAUAACUGAAGGAGGCCAAGUAAACUUUUCUGCUAGCUGCUGUGUUCUUUUAACCUUGAUGCUCAUAUGCAUCAAGUUUCAUGAUAGUAAUGUAGAGCGCUAUAACUGUAUCCCCUUUCUUUAUGGGUAUUAGGACAAGAACCGCCCAUUUCAACCCCCUAUUUCAUUGACUUCUUGAUAUGAAUGUAUACACACACAUGGAUCGAAGCACCGGAUGAUUUAGGUGUGAUUUUGAUCAAUCAUCAAUUUGUUUAUUUCCUUUUGAUCGAUUAUUAGUUCACUUAGAAAACGAGAUGCCGAAUUUUGUAUGCAUUUUUUGCCUGUGAAUGUCGAAUCACAAAGAAGGACAAGAACAGACAUGGUAGAGCUCCAGAUUCUGCAUGGUUUCUAGCUUUCCGCUAACAACGGUAUAUGGCUCGGUUUUGUCCACAUUGUAUCAUAAAUAUAGGGCACAUUAUGAGGACAAGAAUGGUUGUAAAGCGUAUUUAACUUGAUCCUGUUCAGUCUGAUUUAAUUUUGCUCCAUUAAUUUUAUUGCAUUGAAAGCAAUUUAAUGGAAUAAAAAGUAUUGACAAAU